AUGAACUCAGGCGCGGGCAAAAUCAAGGCAUACUACAGUCAGACCUGAGAAAAUUUAUAUCGCCCAAUCUUAUACCUGUCAAAAUUUAUGGACUUUUCAAUCUCCCGACUUUUUUGGCUGACAGAACCUGUCCAAUCUUAUACCUUAUAAUUUAUGGGCUUACAGGUCAAAUUAUAAGAUAAGAGAGAGCCGGAAAUGAGCGAUUGAUCAGGAAUUGGCCUCUCCUUCGGCGUUCUUGUUGACGAGCCGCCUGCUGGAAGAGUCCGAAAUGCCCCGAAACAGCCGAGAAGCGAGCACAGGAGAGCAAAGGCGGCGGUUGACAAUUUUACGAACAAGUACGACCCAAGUGAUAUCUUCAACAUGGACGAAACCGGUCUCUUCUACGCUAUGCGUCCGUCUACGGGCCUUGCUCGGAACGGUCGAAAUGGUGUCAAGAUGAAUAAGACUCGCAUCAUAGCGAGACAUGAGGCGUGGAACGACAUCCGCCCCGAGACGAUUGCCAACUGCUGGCGCCACGCUCAAAUCUUGUCUGAUCGCAAGAACAAAGGAUCGACCGACCAUACACCUCUUCCCAACGGUCGCGGGCCUCUCAAUGGCGAUCGCGGCAUCAUCAACGCGAUGAACGCUCUGAAGACGGCGAACGAUGAGCUGGUCGAAAGGGGCAUAGUUACGAGCAACGAGAAGAUGAGUAUCCACUUUCUCGUCGAUGUGGAGGAGGAGAACCUUGCUGGUGGGGCUGAAAUGACCGAUCAGGAGAAGGAGGAGAGGAGGAAGGGGAGAUAG